UUUUGUUAGCUGUGCCUUACAAGUGAAAAGAAUAAAAAAAGGAAUAGAAAAGAAAACUAUCCGGACUCUUUUACUGGUCUUGAGUUCAUUAAAGUAGGUAACAGGUAAUUGCAACUCCUGCUAAAAGAAGAGACUAAUGGAGGGCCUGUGUUUCCACGGCUCUACCCCUCCAAUUUUUCCAUUUCAAAGGUCCGUUACUUAUCCCAACGGUCACAAUCUUUUCUCCAACUUCAAUUCAAGAAACCCACUUCGUUUUCCUUCUCAUUCGAAUUCCAAAUUCACUGUUAACUGCUCAGAGAGAAUAGGAGAUGAUACUCCUCUCUCCAGCUCCUCUGCUGCUCACAUGGUGCUCGGUGUUGAUCCUGGCUGCUCAGCUGCUGAGCUCAAAGCUGCUUUCAGAGCCAAAGUGAAGCAGUUCCAUCCUGAUGUUAAUAGAGAUCGGAAAUUUCCCGAUACUAUGAUUCGACGCGUAAUACAAGCAUAUGAGGUAUCUGCCAUCAAAUUUUGCAGAUUUUAUCCAAUUUCAGCCGAUCAGAGAUUAUUGAAAGGUGUUAAUUACUGGACAUGUAUUUGUAGUGAAUGUCUGGAUCCAUUCGAUAACCCAGAGUGUGAAGCAUUUGAUAUCUUUGUUAACGAAGUUCUUUGUGCUGGCAAAGGGUGUCCUUAUUCAUGUGUACAAACUGCCCCUCAUGCCUUUGCAUAUGCUUCUUCUACUGGAACCGCAAGGGCAAUAUCCCAAGGGCAUGGUGAAGAUUACAAAGUUCAGCUUGCAGUUGGUCAGUGUCCAAGAAGUUGUAUUCAUUAUGUGACACCUUCACAGCGAAUUAUUCUAGAGGAGUUACUUGACAGUAUCUUGGGUGUACCGUAUGAUAAUUCUGCCGAGGCAGACAUGCUCUAUUCACUUAUAGUUAAAGCUACAUAUGAGAACAAUCGGUAUCAGAAGCCAAAGAAACAACCAAAGACUUCAACCCAACAUGUGGAAUGGUUUUGACAGUGAGACUGCUAUUUUAUUGGAUUAAAAACUAACGCCGUGUGUUCUCUCUGUUGCUGAAUUCAACAUGUGGUCAGUAGCAUCAUUUUCUCAUUGAAGGAUCUGACGCCUGAAGCAUGCAGUGAAGAGAAGCAUAUUGGCUGUGCCAAGUUCAUAUAUAUGAAAUAUCAUACUGGAAGAGUGAGCAGGGAAGAUUUUACCCUGCUGAGGGAAUGUGUAGUCCAUACAGUCUCUCUUCUUAUUAUGCUUUUUCAGCAAAGAGAAAUACCUUUGAUAAAAAAUAUUUGCUGUAACUAAUGGAAACUAUGUGCAUUACAAACCCUUGAUCUAUCUGGUAACAAGUUCUAUUGUUACUUGUAAAACUGGUCUCAAAUAGACAGGGACCGAUCUCAAUUGCUUACCAUGGCUUUUCUCAUGGAGAAAGAACAGAAUAAAAUUUAUUCUUUAACCAA